UUGUGGUUGAACCUUGGUUGAUUUGUGGUGAUUUUAAUUGUAUUGCUGCGCCUAAUGAAAGGGUGGGUCCUACCCCCCCUACGGCGUAUGUAAUGCAACACCUUUUUGACUUUAAGGUCGCGGUUAGCCUACAAGAUGCACCCUCCACGGGAGAGUUCUUUACUUGGAACAAAGGUGCACUUUGGGCCAAGCUUGACCGUGUUUUGAUCAACGAUGUUUGGGGAAUCAAUAGCAUAAGGUGUACGGCCCAUUUCCAUGAAAUGGAGGUGGAGUUUGACCAUACGGCCUCCGUUGUGUCAAUACUCCUUAAUUCCUCUCCAAGGCCUAAACCUUUUAAAUUUUUUAAUAUGUGGAUGAAGCAUCAUGAUUUUGCUAAUUUAGUAGGGCAGCAUUGGAAUCAAGUGAUUGAAGGUACGGCUCAAUUCUCCAUGGUGAGGAAGCUAAAGUUUCUUAAAAGGCCACUUAAGAACCUCAACACCAAUGAAUUUGGACAUAUCUCCAACAAAGCUAAAAUGGCGAAGGAAGAAUUUCAAAGAUUGCAUAAGCCUGUCCUACAAUAUCCAUUGGAUGAGGGUCUCCAAAGCCAAUUGGAGGAGGCUACCAAGAGGGCAAGGUUUCUUAGUGAGGCCGAGUGUAGCUUUUUCCAACAAAAGGCAAAGGCGACUCACAUCCUUGAAGCGGAUAAGGGGACAAGGUACUUUCAUGCAAUUGUGAAGAGGAAAACUACAAAGAAUACCAUAGCGGCUAUUACUCUUGAGGAUGGGAGUCUCACCACCUCUUUGGAGCAAGUUGGGUUUGGGCUUCCCGGAGAAGUUUAUUGCUUGGAUCAUGGAAUGUGUAACAACCGCAUCGUUUUCGGUAUCCUUGAAUGGGUUGCUAUACAGAUUUUUCAAAGGAAAGAGAGGAAUUAGACAAGGAGACCCGAUGUCCCCCUUGCUCUUUGUUAUGUGUUUGGAAUAUUUUUCUCGCAUGCUUACUUUUAGAACCAAAGGACCAAACUUUAAUUUCCAUCCCCAAUGUGCAUCACUUGGCAUUUCCCACCUAGCCUAUGCAGAUGACCUUAUUCUUUUCUCUAGGGGUGACACUUUUUCAAUUGAAAUCUUGGUCAAUGCCCUUAAAGAAUUUGGGGAUGCAUCGGGCUUAAUGGUGAACCAUGAUAAAUCCAAUAUUUUCAUGGGGGGAAUUAAAGAUAAUGAUCUAAGGGAGAUCAUGGCCCUUGUGGAUUUUGGGCGUGGCCAAUUCCCGGUUAAAUACCUUGGAAUCCCACUUAAGAUUUCGGUUCCACAAUAUGCACCUCUAAUUGAUUCCACAUCUGAAUUUCUUGCUGCAUGGAACACAAAGACCCUUUCCUAUGCCGGAAAAUUAGAGCUAAUAAGAUCGGUUAUCCAAGGGGUACAAUCUUUUUGGCUCCAAGUUUUCCCGGUCCCCCAAACCAUCCUUGAUAGGAUUGUCUCUAUUUGUCGUAUCUUUUUAUGGGGUGGGAAAUAUUCUAAAGUGGCUUGGGAUGACAUUUGCCUUCCAAGAGAGGAGGGGGGUCUUGGCAUUCAUGAUGCCAAGACUUGGAACCAUGCCCUCCUUGCUCGCACACUUUGGGAUGUCCAUAGGAAAAAGGAUACCUUAUGGGUUAGAUGGGUCAAUGGGAUCUACCUCAAAGGUAGGAGUGUGUGGGAUUUUAUCCCACACAAUCGUGACUCAAUGUUCAUGAAGAAAUUGAGCCAUAUCCGUGACCGAAUUGUGGGGUGCUUUAACAACCUAAAUGAUACUAUCAUGGGACGUAAUGCAAGAUCUAUAAAUGGGAAGCUUGUUUCCGGAAAGAUUUAUGAUCUCUUAAGAGUUAAAGGAGAACCUAGGACUUGGAUGAGUUUUUUUUGGAAAUCAUAUAUCCCUCCUAAGUUCUCCUUUAAUGUUUGGCUUGCUUUCCGAAAUCGAUUACCCACCCAAGACAAUCUUGAAUAUUUGCAUAUUGUUAAUAGAUGUGACUUAUGCAAGGGUGGAUUGGAAACAAUGCCACACCUAUUCUUUUUUUGCCCUUUUUCUUGUAGGAUUUGGGAGCAAGUGAAGAAUUGGCUAGGAUUGAGGCAUCGAAUGACUACUAUUUCGAGUUCGGUCAAAUGGAUCUUAAAGGAGCACAAAGGAUCAAAGUUGAAAGGGAAAGCGGUCCGGAUUGCCUUCUGUGCUACUCUAUACCACAUUUGGCAAGCUAGAAACGCGAACCGAUUUGAUAACACUUGUAAAAAGGAAGAAGAAGUCAUUGCAAAAAUCAAACACGUGGUAUAUAAGAUACUCUUCAACAUAUACCCACGUGAGAUGAUCAAGUUUUGAGAGAUAGACAUUGAGCACAAGAGUUGAAGGCGCGGCAUGAUGGAUUUUGAUGAUCAAGUUGAUGUGCCUUACAUCGCAUUUUUAAUUUUUGAUGUUUUGCGUUAAGGGAGUGUGAGUUAUAACCUCCUUUAACUAUAGCCAUGAUUUU